AUGGAUCCACUUUGUGUUCUAAAAGUGGAAAUUUGGCAACAAAAAUUCCUAGGAAAGGAAUGGAAAUCGUAUAUUGCUGCUGUAUUCGCUGAAAGUGAAUUUGGUAAGCCAAGAAUUGAACUCUUCAAUUCUCCGAAAAAGAUUAAAACUAUGGAACCGCAUAAGAUUAUUCUGCUAGACCAGUGUGCAUCCAUAAAAAUUCCGAACGAUGAGGAGGAAAAUCAUUUCAUACGUCUCCAGAUGAAGGAUGAUGUUGAGGUCCGUCUUAGAAGUGGGCAUCUAUCUCAACUAAUGAGCUCGCUUAGCACAGCUGCAUUUCCGAAAAAGUAUGUAACAAUUGCGCCAAGUACUUCUGUGGAAUCGUCAUCAUCCGAAAAUGACGAUACUCAAUUUUAUGACGAGUAUCCUGUCCUACUUUUACCGUCCAUGAUGGCAACAAAGCGUCAUCUUGCUGAAGGGAAUUAUUCGCUACGUUUUCGUGAUUGUCUUUCGCUUACACAUGGAAAUAUUCAAGUUCAACAUUUUCUCUAUCAGGAUAUUUUAUGGGCUGCUGUUGGAGAAAACUCAUUAGGUAUUGCUGUGGAGAACUGUGGAGUGUACGAGUUUAUCUGUGAUCAACCGCUUCUGAUUAUUGACCAUUUGAGGAAUUACAUCAAAUUCAAAAAUUCAUUCCCAGCAGUACGAUUAAGCACAAGGAGGAAGUAUAAUCGGUUCUAUCAUCAAGCUCGUGAGGUCACAACAAGUGGAUCCGAUUUGAGUCAUGCUUCAACGCUGGAAAGCCAAGGAUCAUCGAAGACAAGUGCGAUCCGAAGUGACCAUCACCUACAACCCUUAGAUGAAGAUCGACCUUUAGAAAAGUUGACGGAUGCAAACGAAGUGGAAAAUGUAAAGUGUAAAGUUCCGAAAGAGAAAGUCAAGGAAGGAAUUUUCUCAGGAUUGUUCAGAAAGACUUCAAGAAAGAAACAUGUUGAUGGUGUUCGAACUGAUUUUGAGGAGAACGCUGACAGUGAGUGGUUGAGGUUACCGGUACCACCACGAGCUUUGAACGGAUCGGAUUAUCGUAAAGAUGGCGAACGAUGGAAAACUCAACCGAUUCAAGCGGACAGUAGUUGUAAUACUGGAGAAAAGCCACUAUGUGGAAGUGCUGAGGAAAUGCACAAACAAGAGCUCCUGAAACAUCGACGUACUGGUUCGGCUGGUAUAGGAAGAUGA